AUGGCGAGGGAUUUGUCUAGUUUGUUCACUAGACUUAGGCUCACAGAGAAGGAAGCUCAGGUGUUGGAGGUUGUCGAAGCUGUGGACGGUUUAUUAGUGGAAAAACGAGCAAAAUGUCUUGCUUUCAGGGUGCUCGCUGAACCGGAGGUGAACAAAGGGGCGUUGAAGACUACUAUGCUCCAGAUUUGGCAACUCGAAGGUAAGGCGGUUAUUAAGGAGAUUGGGCGAAAUACGUUUCUGUUGGAGUUGAUUAGGGUUUCGGACAAGAAGCGUAUUUUGUCGGGAAGACCGUGGUCCUUUGAUAAAAUUUUGCUUUGUCUCCAUGAUUGUGAAAGGGUUAACACCAUUAAGGAGAUAGGGUUUACUGAAGAGGUCUUCUGGGUCCAGUAUCACGACCUCCCUUUUGCAGGGAUGACCCAAAAUACGGGACAGGCCAUAGGUGAGCGUCUGGGGAAGGUUCUUGUUGUCGACACGGAUAGUACUGGGUUUUACUUUGGUGCAUUUCUGCGUGUUAAGGUUCUAAUUGACAUUUUGAAACCAUUGUUGAGGGGCUGUUUGAUUAACAUAGGCAGGACCCAGUAUUGGGUACCAUUUAAGUAUGAAAGGUUGCCUAAUUUUUGCUAUCAUUGUGGUCUGGUGUUCCAUCCAUCCGGUCGAUGUUCUCAGAAAGAAAAUGGAUCAGCCAUUGGGGAUGGGCUUGAACAGCAAUAUGGUCCAUGGUUGCGGGCGUCAAGGAAGAAAUUUGCAGGACUAUCGUCAUCGGAAGGGGCUGACCAAACCCAGUUGCAUUUCCCAUCUUCUUCUUGCCGAAAGCCGUCUAAACAUCUCACGGCCUGGAGGAGAGUUUGGUGCAUAAUCAGGUCCCUGAUUAUCAGCAGAAGGAUUUCAGUUGCAAUCAGGGGGAGCUGGUGGUGGAGGCUAUCGGGAAUGAUCUCAGUGCAGAAGUUCAGGAACUGGAUAAUUGUGGGGCAGAUCGCCCACGUGGGAAUGUUCUACUGGACCUGGGCCAUGGUACAAAUUGGAAAAAAAAGGGCCCGAUCAAGCCCAAUUUUGGCAAGGCCCCAAUUAAUGGAGGUGGAUGGUUUUGAGCCCAUAGCAUUGAGCACUACAGGUCAGGAGGAUGUUGAUGCAGAGGGUUCGUCCCCUAAACGUGUUAGAAGGGUGCUGGGUGAGAAGGAUGAUUUUGGUUUGGCAGUGGCUGGUGGGCAGCCCUGCGAGCCAGUUUGA